AUGCUUCUUGGACUGCAGAGUAACUCUUCAGCACAUCCAUGCCCUUGGUGCAACAUAAGUUCAAAAAAACUAAAAACCGUAGGUUCUUCUAGAACUAUCGAGAUAAUUUUAAAUCAGUUUCUAAGGUGGCAUAAAGAAACCAAGGGACAGCUCUCGCAUGCAAAACAAUAUGAAAACUGUAUCGGUUUGCCUUUGUUGGUUGGAGACUCGGACAAACCAGUGCUCCACUACAUACCUCCCCCAGAGCUCCAUAUUCUUUUGGGUAUUGUACAAAAAUUGUUUGAUACAUUGAAAAUGGAAUAUCCUGAGGUAGCACUAGAAUGGGUGAAGAGAUUGUUCAUAGGUUUUUAUCACUAUGGAAAAUUCAAUGGAAACAGCGCCAGAAAAAUCUUGAAAAAUGUCGCCAUUUUGGAAACACUCCAUCGGCAACAAAUACGCGGCUGUGUUUUCUGCGUUUAA